UGCUAUAUUUUAUACUUUGCAGAGUUUGAAGAAGCAAGAAAAUGGGUAGCAAACGAUUUAGCCUUUGAUAAAAAUGUGGAUGUGAACCUGUUUGAGAGCACUAUUCGUAUCCUGGGAGGCUUGCUGAGCACCUACCAUCUCUCUGGGGAUAGCCUCUUCCUGGAAAAAGCUAAGGACAUUGGGGACAGGCUCAUGCCCGCCUUCAGGACUCCUUCCAGGAUCCCGUACUCCGACGUCAACAUUGGCCGUGGCACCGCUCACCCGCCCCGCUGGACGUCGGACAGCACUGUGGCAGAGGUGACCAGCAUUCAGCUGGAGUUCAGAGAGCUGUCUCGCCUCACUGGGGAUGAAAAGUACCAGAAAGCUGUCGAUGAGGUGAUGAAGCAUGUUCACACCCUUUCAGGGAAAAAUGAUGGACUGGUGCCUAUGUUCAUAAACACCAACAGUGGGCAGUUCACUCACUUAGGUGUUUAUACUCUGGGAGCCAGAGCUGACAGCUACUACGAGUAUUUGCUCAAGCAGUGGAUUCAGGGUGGGAGAACAGAAAAUGAACUGCUGGAGGACUACAUGAGAGCCAUAGAAGGCGUGAAAAAGCAUCUUCUUCAGAGGUCACAACCCAAGAAGCUUACCUUUGUAGGAGAGCUUGCUCAUGGCCAUUUCAGUGCCAAGAUGGAUCACUUAGUUUGUUUUCUGCCUGGGACUUUGGCUCUGGGAGCUCACAAUGGAUUGACUGCUGAUCACAUGAAGCUGGCUGAAGCUCUGAUAGAAACGUGUUACCAGAUGUAUGCACAAGUAGAGACAGGCCUGAGCCCAGAGAUCGUGCACUUCAAUCUCCAUGCACAAAAGGGCCACAAAGAUGUAGAAAUCAAGCCUGCAGACAGGCACAACUUACUGCGACCAGAAACUGUGGAAAGCCUUUUUUACAUGUACAGAUUCACCGGAGAUAAGAAAUACCAGGACUGGGGCUGGGAGAUCUUGCAGAACUUCAAUAAAUACACACGGGUUCCUACGGGUGGCUAUACUUCUAUUAACAACGUUCAGAACCCCAGUAACCCAGAGCCACGAGAUAAGAUGGAGAGCUUCUUUCUUGGGGAAACGCUCAAAUACAUGUUUCUGCUGUUCUCAGAUGACAUAGACUUAAUUAAUCUUGACAAAUACGUAUUUAACACAGAAGCUCAUCCACUCCCCAUCUGGGUGCCAGCAUAGACUGGAUCACAGCAGGGCUUCCAGUGGUGGUGUUUUUACCUUCAAGUCACUUUACUUUUCAGGGUGUGUGGAGAGAUGCUAUACGACACUUUUCCGGCUUAAACAAACCUUUGAGAAAGCAUCUCCCAUUUGGAGAUGUCACGUCAGUCUUAAACCUAAUCCCUGUGCUUUGGACCUGGGAUGAAAAAACUGUGCAAUAUGAAGCUGCUUUUCCUGGUAUUGGUGGUGAGGCUCAGAGAAUAUUCAUAGCGUGGACCAUGGCACAGGGCUCCGGUGGAUCAGAACCCCUGCUGUCAGUCUUACUAAAUGCUAAUUAAAUGCCAGGAAUGCAGAAAGUUGUCUUAAAGCACAGGAGUGUCUGGAAAGAAGGAAUAAGCCUACAGGUUUCUGGUUUAUUCCCAACAUGUGAAACACCUGGUUGUGGCACCACUUCUUCGUAGUGCCCGUGGUGUUUCAGAUGGUAAGUGGAAUAAACAGUGGAUGUUGUCCCAGGUGGAAUUAAAGCUGUCAGUGGUGGUGCUGAUGGUCAGAUCUCAUUCCAAACAACCAAGCUAUGCUGCAUCGUGUUAGGAGGAGGAAGGGGCAGCAAAGUGUCUGUAGCACAGUGUCUUAGUUUUAUAGAGCACUUUGAACAGUCUGUUCAAGCGGUGGCUGAAAUGAAUGGUGGGAGAGAAUUUGCUGCUGGUUUGGCUCAAAACGAUAUAUAAUUUUGUAGACAUAUUGCAGUUUUUUAACUUAUCUGCAGCAAUGCAGGAGACAAUGUGAAAAAAGUGAAUACACGUGCAUUUUAUGUAUUAAUUGCAUCAGUUAGACUCAGGUAUUCUGACUGAAAGCUGCUUUGUGAGGUUGGGCACUGGGAAAGCUUGUGAGCGCAUUAGGUGUAAUUCCACGUCAGCCUCCUCCCAUCCCUUCCUGUUCACAUCUUGCAUUGUGUUUGUUGACCCAGCGGGCUUAGAACUGUAUAGCAAGCUUCAUGUUACUCAUCAGUUUGUGGACUGUGGAGAAGCUGUCAGGUUUGGGGUUGUUGUUUUUGAUAGGAGUACUUUGGGUAGAAGUAUUUCCACGAGGAGCUCUACGAGCAGACAGCCUCCACGUGUUGUGACAACUUCUGGUCACAGCAGUUACUGAAAUCUGUUCCGUUUGAAAAGAAAGCAGAGUUAGGCUUGCUUCUUAAAGAAUCCUAUGGGAGCCUUCAGACCUUCUGUUUUUACAUGUGCAAGAUAGGUUUUAAACCACGAGUUAGGAAUUGAGUGUUCUUCUGUUCCAGCAUUCUGCAGCUUUCUAUCUUUUGAUUUUGUAACUGUAUGCACAGUCUUACUUUCACCAAUCUCAGAAAUGUGCUCGUUUGUAUGUUUUUAAAGAGAUCCUUCUUGCUGAAACCUUUUUUCCUCUCUGAUGAAUGAAUGGGAGCAGUGGGAAGUACGCAGUGUGUGGGGCUGGGGGUGAGACCCAGCCCCUCAUAAUCGAGGGUUUCAAAACAGAACGAAUCCAGUCUGACGCCACGGGUUGAUCUCCAGCGCUUUGGGUGUCUGUGUGUUUUACAGCCUUUGUAACCUUUGAUCUGUAAAGUAAAAUGCUGCUUUGUUCUGUGCUGUCAA